AUGGUGCUCAAAAAUUUCGACAUCACGUCUAUUUUGUGUAUUUGCUUGACUUUGAUUAUUGCUUUUAUUAUAAAGUACAACUGGGAUAGACGAUGGUUGUAUUAUUAUGGGUCUAAGAUAGCCGGACCCUUUGGUUGGCCCAUCAUCGGAAGCGCCCAUUAUUUCUUCGGAGGUCAAAAAGUUUUCUUUAAAACUAUGACGCAACUCUUGGAAUCAUAUCCUGAAGUUGCAAAAAUUUGGUUUGGUAACAAUUUGAUAGUGUCAGUUUCACGACCUGAAGAUGUUGAAAUUAUUUUGAAUAAUUGUCUCGAGAAACCGAAAAUUUAUAACUUUGCAUUCAGUUUAGUCGGAAAUGGGCUUCUAACAGCACCAGUUGAUAUUUGGAAGAUCAGAAGGAAAAUGAUUAAUCCGACUUUUAACACAAAAAAUUUAAAUUCAUUUGUGGAAAUUUUUGGAAAACAUGCAACUUACUUGGCAAAUGUUUUUGAAGAAAACUGUGGAAACGAAUCGUUUGAUAUCUUAUCAAAAUUGUUUAGUUGCACGUUUGAUAUUGCUUGUGAAACGCUUGCUGACGUUGAUAACACUACGUUUCAUGGCCAAGAAACGUUUUUUCGAAAUUUAUUAAGAAUAGAAGAUCUUCUAACAAUUCGUGCAUGUUCUAUUUGGUUUUAUGUAGAUUUUUUCUGGAAUAGGUCUUUGCUUGGUAGAGAAACGGACAAAACGUGUAAAGAAGUGUAUUCUUUUGCAAAACACGUAAUUUUAACUCUCAAAAAAUUAAACGAUAACAAUCAUAACGAAAAACGAUUCAUAAACCAUUUGUUAACAUUGAGUGAAACAAAUUCUGAAAUCAACAAAACAGCUUUAGAAGAUGAAACUCAAACUCUUCUGCUCACUGCCAGCGAAACUACAGCUCUUACAGUUGGAAUUACUUUAAUAAUUUUAGGGAUAUAUCCAGAAAUACAAGAAAAAAUUAGUAAAGAACUCGAAUCGAUUUUUGGUAACGAUGAUAGAAAGCCAACUUUAGAAGACAUUCACAAAAUGGAAUAUUUAGAACGUGUGAUUAAAGAGACUUUAAGAUUAUUUUCGCCUGUACCAUUUGUUUUAAGAGCAGUUGACCAGGAUGUAAAACUUGAUUCUUGCACAAUCCCCACUGGAAGUAUUGUCUUGAUUCCGAUAUAUCACAUUAGCAGAAAACCUGAAUUUUGGAAGGAACCAAAUAAAUUCGAUCCUGAUCGAUUUUUACCAGAAAAUAGUUUGAAUCGCCAUCGUUGCACUUUUAUUCCCUUUAGUUUCGGACACAGAAAUUGCAUUGGCUUUAAAUUCGGCAUGAUGUCAGUAAAAGUUUUGUUGUCGACAAUUUUAAGAAAGUACACUAUUAAACCAUCUGUGUAUAAAAAAUUGGAAGAUGUCGAAAUGAUAUUUGGUGUGGUGGCCAAACCAGCAUCAGGUUACAAGGUAAAAUUAGAGGAAAAAAAAAUUGAAAAGUGA